AAAAAAAGGGUAAUUGUUUCCUUUAUUUAUCUUGUGAAUUUCCACUACUCGUGCAUUAGCCCUCUCUGCUCUGCUACCUGUCUAACCUUUCAAUGUGGACAGUAAUGCAAAUUAGGUUGAGUAAUUAAAAAAUUCUAGUAUCAUAUAAAAAGUUACAAUUUUUUGCUAUAAUUAUCCAAUGUGACAAAUUAUAAUUGACUGCUUGUCACUCUCAUAUGAUCCUUAUAGAAAUAUCUAUUUCACCAAUUCCUUUUUUGAGAUAGUGCUAAUCACCACUUUUUCACCUCCAUUUAUUAUUAAGUACUUGAACAGUUGUAACAAAAGUUACGAUUUUUUACUUACAUCAAUUUUUUUUUUAUUAUGAACCUAGGUCAGGGCCCAUCUUUGUACCUGUGUAUGUCAUGAAUGCUUUUUGCUUAUCAUAGUCAUAGUUCCGUUUAAUAUCAUUGAAUUUUUUGUGUGGGUGUGUUUUCUCAAGUUGGGGGAACAUUUGCAACAACUUGUGAAGCUAAAAACUCAUAAAAGAAAAAAAAAGGAACCUGUGAAGCAAAAAUUGUUUUCCUUUGUCCUGAGCGAUCGCAUUACAAAUAAUGGAGUUCGAGGAAGGAUUGGAGCCAGUAAGUCCUACUGGACAGUACUUCAACAGCUCUGUGCUAUCAGUAUCCAUUAUUGCUGUUAUGGAAUUUGAGAUUCCAAUCAACAACCUGCCCUCCAUAAUGUCAUUGGUCAAAGAUGUGUUCCUCCCCAUUAAUCCUCGUUUCUCCUCCAUUAUGGUCACAGGUGAAAAAGGUGAGAAACAAUGGAAAAGAGUAGAAGUGAAGCUUGAAGACCACAUUAACGUUCCCAUUUUCCCUAUUGGAUUGUCACCUGAUUCAUAUGAUGAAUAUUUUGAUGACUACAUAUCAAAGAUAGCAAUGAACCAUUUUCCACAGAACAAACCACUAUGGGAGAUUCACAUUGUUAAAUAUCCAACAAGCAAUGCAGCUGGUACUAUCAUAUUCAAGCUUCACCAUGCUCUUGGUGAUGGCUACUCUCUCAUGGGUGCACUUCUUUCUAGUAUGCAAAGAGCUGAUAAUCCUUCUCUUCCGCUAACAUUUCCCUUUCGCCAACGCUCAGAGUCAAAAAGUGACAGAUUAAGCAGAGGGGUGUCCCAACUCGUUUCCUUGAUCUUUAACACCAUACAUGAUUUUGGAUGGAGCAUGUUAAAGAGCAAUUUGAUUGAAGAUGAUCGAACUCCGAUAAGGUCUGGGGAAAAAGGAGUGGAGUUUCGACCAAUUACAAUAUCAACUAUGACAUUCUCUCUGGAUCAUAUCAAAUUUAUUAAGGACAAGCUUGGAGUGACCAUAAAUGAUGUAAUUACUGGUAUAAUCUUCUUUGGCACCCGGUUAUAUAUGCAAGAGGUUAGCCAGAAAUCAAGCAAAGCGGAUUCCACAGCAAUAGUGUUGCUCAGUACAAGGACAGUUAAGGGCUACAAGUCAGUCAAAGAGAUGAUCAAACCUGAAUCCGAUACACCAUGGGGAAACCAGUUCGGUCUCUUACAUGUAUCAAUACCAAAGUUCACAAAUCUUAAAUCCUCAAACCCCCUUGAGUUUGUUUUGAAAGUGCACAAAAUAAUCAGGAAGAAGAGAAACUCUUCAUCUGUAUACUUCACUGGUCGCCUAUUGUCGAUUAUGAAGAAACUAAAAGGCCCUGAGGCAGCAUCUAAAUACAUCCAUAGAGCAUCAAAUUACUCGAGCAUGUCGAUCUCAAAUAUGAUAGGGCCAGUGGAACAAAUGGCUCUGGUUAAACAUCCAGUUAAAGGCUUAUACUUUAUGACCCUUAAAGUACCUCAGAGUCUUACAAUUACAAUGGUUAGCUACAUGGGAAAUCUGAGGGUUGCCGUUGGCUCAGAGAAAGGGUUCUUAGAUCCCCACAAGUUCAAGUCGUGUGUGAUCAAUGCCUUUGAGAUGACACUCCAAGCGGCACAUGAAAUUCCCACAUGAAAAUAUAUAAUUUGAAGUGUCAAAUUACAUUAUUAUUAGAGCUAAUAAAGUUGAAUUUGGUUUUGGAUUCUAUACGUAAGUUUGUUGUAAAAAAUUUCAUAAGAAAGUACAAAUAUGUAUCCAAGUGUCUUGUGAAAGUAUUAGUUAAUGGCGAA